UUUGUAGUCAGACUGAAGCGCGACGAAAGGUUCAAGUCCUGCGCGUUCGUGAAACGAGACGAAAGGUUCAAGUCCUGCGCGUCUUUGUGCGCUAACAGUACGAGAGAGAAGGGACUGAGUCUGUUACAUUUUACGCACACUUUUCAUUUGGAUUACUUUAGCUGAGAAGGACCCUAAACCGAGAUGGAAAUAGAAAGACUCCCAGCAGUUCUCUUUAUUGUCUUCUUUCUCUCCACACACUGGGCCUCAGGCUCCUAUCCCCGAGCACAGAAUGUCACUUGGAAAUCCACCAACUUUAAAACCAUCUUGACCUGGGAACCUAAACCGUCAGCCAAUUACUCGUACACUGUGGAGUUCUCGGCGGUUGGCAGGGACAGCGAGAGGACCCCUCACUGCAUUCGCUCUUCCACAACAGUGUGCGAUCUGUCCAGCUCUCUGACUGACCUGAAUGCCUACUACACAGCUGAUGUCCUGUCUGAACCCCCGAUGGGGGCCAGCUCUGACCUCACUGAGUUCCCCUACACCAGCUCGCCACGGUUUUGCCCCUACAAAGAAACUAAUAUAAGCAGCCCUGACUUCAAGCUGGUGGUGAGCAAGGACAAAAAGAAGACCACCCUGCAUGUGACUGACCCACUCACCGCACUGUUUAAAGAUGGCCGUCAACUAAACAUUAGGGAUAUCUUCUCUGACCAACUGCAGUAUAAAGUCACCUAUCGGAAAAAUAAGAGCACAGGCAAGAAAGAGCACAAAUCUAAGAUCAGUGUGAUAGAGCUGACUGAUCUGGAUCAAGGGGUGAGCUACUGCUUCAGCGUACAGGCUUUCAUCCCCAGCCGCAGCAUCGACAAGCAGCUGGGAGAGAUGAGCCAGACCCAGUGCUCCAACGACGACAACCAGUCCAUCUUUGAAAUGUAUUCAGUGGGUGUGAUUGUUGGAGCCAUCUUCUUCAUCCUGCUGCUUAUUGGCAUCAUCAUCGCCAUUGCAGUGUUCUGCUACAGGCGCAGGACGGCGGCUCAGGGAAGUGGGAAAGAAGUGUCACGCCAGGUCAUUUAGUGAGUUCUCCAUCACACACGCGCACGUCAGUGACAGAACAUGUGGUACACCUGACCUGGACCGAGGCCUGUAAAGAGAGGAGGACAUUGCUACAGCAGUCCAUCGAUCCACUGUCAAACACUGGAAUCAAUUCUUCUUUUAGUUUCUGUGAAACUGCCCCUAAAAUUUUAGAUGUUUCUUUGUCAUUUCAUUUCUUUGCUGCAGGAAACACUGACCUAACACUCUUAGUCACGCUUUAGUUGCCCUGCUGAAGCUGCAGUCGUCCUGUCUUGAAUUUUAUACUUGGUGUGUGGUACCUCUACUGUAGAUAAACACUACCAACUGAUCUUAUUUAUUUCAUUUUGCAGUUAACUUUCUAACUUGAAAUGAAUAUCAUGGGGAUGUGUGGGACUGGUGAAAGCAACACUUAAUGGUAAAAUCAUAUUUUUGUAUGAGUCUUAAUUUAUUGUUAAAUUGAAAAUAACAUUUGUAUAUGAUGCUGUUUUAUACUUGAUUGCUGCAGAUGAUUUUGUUAUAUAGUGAAAAACCAAUAAAUAUUUUACAGA